UCCGGUGGUAGCGGAAGUACCCGCUGUACGUCCAUUAAAAGCAAAAUUAAUGGCUUUUGUAUAAAAUGCUGUCAAAUUUUGAAGAACCGCGGAUAAAUUAAGAGUUUGUUUUAACAAAUUAUGUUUGAUAUCGAGCGAAGAGCCAGCGAGCAGCACACGUGACGGACAUCGGAGUGGAUUCUCCCGUAUGAAGGGGAGGAGGCUCAACAUGGAGGACUGUUUGCACACUUCCUCCGACAACCUCGCUAAACUGGUGAAAUGGGCCCACAGUCAUGGAACAAUCUGCACCUUGAUCCCCAACCUAAAACACAUGCUGAACGAGGGCUCUCACGGCACCCUGACGGCCAUGUGGGGCUGCAGUGCCGGUCACGCCUACCACUGGCCCCUCAACACCACCUGCAAAACCGGGAACAAGGAACGCAUGUGCUACGCAGAGAGCCGCAGCAUCAACACGGACAGUAUGAUUCAGGCAGCUGCCGUCAUGCAGAACUCCUCGGCCGAACGUUUCCUCGGCAAUGCCGGAAAACACAAGGGCAGCUCCAGCCAAGGCGACUCCAGUCAGAUCCACGACUCCUGCGACAUCUCCAACUGCAGCGAAGCCUCCGAGAUGGACGACAACGGCGAGGAGUACAACAACAACCUGUACGACAUCGUCUGCGAGUCGUCGGCCACCGAUGAAGACGGCGACUCCGACUUCAACCACGCCUCGAACGCCGUGCACAGGAAAAGAGCCAGGAAAGGACCAGGACCCGAGGACAGCACUGACCCGGCGUUGAAGAAGAUCAAACAAGAGAGGGGUGAAGACUAUUACAGUGUGGCCAACCAACAGAUGCCUUGCAGCUCGGAGGGGAACCGCUCUUCUGGAGGCGUCACGCAGUCGCCCAGGCCGAACCUCCAGAACAGGCCGUCCUCUAGUUCUUCGAUGUCCCAGAAGCCUUCCUCUGUAGACGGAGAUGCCCUGGCGGUGUCCUCGUCUCCGCUUGACAACUCCCCUACGUCCAUGAUCAAACCCUUGCGUGCGCCUUUCCACGUUACCCAGAACAAAAUGCACAUGAACUCGAACCCUGCAUGCAGUCAAAGUUUGGCAGCCGUUCCCCAUUCUGGAAGGAUUGACGCUAUGGGGGUGCUACACCGGGACGAAUAUCCCAGGUCUUCUUUGUCUUACGGAGAGGCUUCCAUUGGUGUAAACCCUGAAAUGGAUCUUCUAGCAACGCAAGCACUUAGUACAGAAGUUAGAGCAGACAACACAGGUUCACACGAGAAGAUGGAUUAUGCUGUGAUUUUGAAAGCCCUUCAUGAGCAUCUGGUUCCUGCCGCACACAGUUCAGAAGAGCAGUUCUGCACAUCAGAUCUCAGUCCAAACAGUGAGAGGUAUUUUGAAGAGAGAAAACACCUGGAAGAGUUUAUAACAAGCAUAGAUACUAUAACCCUACAAAACCUGCAGACAGUCAUUGAUCGGAUCCUGGUGUUUCACGAGCGAACGCAGAUGCCUCUGUCCAGUCCGGCCAGACUGGGGGAGCAGGAGCUGUUUCCCGGGAGCGGACUCUUCCUGCCGCACUACAAACUGGCCUCCAUGCUCCAGGAGUCCCGGCAGGACAGCAUGAGACUCUUCCACCUGCUGUUCGAGCACUUCUUCAGCGAGGAGGACCUUAACGGGGCCGUCGCUUUCGGGAAGAGGGGAAAAGUACCUGACGGCAAAAAGAUCUUGGACAGGAGAAGAGUGGAUGGGAUUAUGUCAUAUGUACUGCGUUGCUCUACGAUAGACGGAUGGACUCCUGUGGAAUCAUCGAAGCUGAAGAAGGCCUGUAUUAAUAAAUGCAGACUUCGAAUCGGCCAGAAAAAGAAGCAAGAAUCUUCUCAAGAGUCUUUUAUUUUUUGUGACGAACAAUCUUCUGGCAAAAAUGACCCUUCUUCCUAUAUCUAAUUGCUAAAUACCCAAAAAUGUCCAUUCACAGGCAAAUGCUAUUAUUAUACAUACAGUUGAAAGGAAACACUGUUUGCCAAGUGAUUGAAUGGAAGCUGCCGAUCGGUGUCUUGGACAUGAACGAUUAAACGUGGAGUCGUUAAAAGCUGAUUCUGUUCAGCUACAGCACUAAGAGAUGAAAGAUUCUCGGUCAGACAAAUGAACUAUUUCCAUUUCUUUCGUUUCAGCAAAACCAACAUUAUCUAUACUGUGAUAGUUACUGACUAUUGACUUGUUUAGUCAACACAAACCUGUUUAUAACUAUUCAAAAUAACGUUAGAAUAGUCUAGUGCUUAUUCAUGUUAGUCAUGUAGCAUUGUAACAAUCAAAACAAGUUGUCAAACCAUUUUGAUGGGUUUUACUCAUACCUGAUAUCUUUAAAUAUUACAAUGUGAACUGUUACCAUAUCAAAACCACCUUAAACUGUAUUUUAUUGCCUUUUUUCUUCCUUUUUCCUCUGCUGCUCUGAUUUGUCAAUCAGCAUCCCACUAAAUUGAGGUUAGCCUCAUUACAUGCUUGUGCAUGAUUGACCGAAUAUUGAUUUUAAAGAUUUAUAACCAUCCCACAAAGUUUUUAUUACUCCACAUGUUUUGUACAUUUAAAAUUUUUACCUAGGUGAUAUCCUAUCCACCUUAUUUUGCAAUGUGCACUAAACGUUAAAACUAUUUGCGCUACAAACCAAUGUGUUUCUAAUUACGUUAAUACAUUAAAGACGCUAUAUGAAAGAAAAUAUCCCUUUUUUAUUGCCAAUGUGUGAAAAGCUUGUAAUGAAAUUCAAAAAACAAGAUCUUCCCCAACUUCAUAGGUUGUCUGUGAUAGCCUGUGGACUCAUUUUUAUGUGAAGGACUUGGGAUUUGUUUUUUGUUUUUAUGGGAAAAUACACUAUGUGUUGUUUAUGCUCCCGAGAGCCUCUCUUCCAUUCAAUGACACAUAAAUCGAAUGCUUAUAUUCGGGAUAAUGGCAAAAGAUCUUUUCUAUAAUGUCGUAUAAUCCAACCCUCGUUCAUCUUCGGAACACAAAUUAAGAUAUUUUUGAUGAAAUCUGAGAGCUGGAUCACUCCCCCAUACUAGUCCAUAGGCUUCUAUGGGAUUGAAACUGGCCGGCCCAGAAAAGUUAUAAAAUAGUCCAAAUGAAUAAAGUGGCGUUUAUCAAGCGUCGAGAAUACUUUUUGUACGCAAAAAAAUAAUAAAUAAAUAAAUAACUUCAUUCAACUAUUCAUUUCCUUCUCUUUGGGCCUCAGAGUGAGUUCACGUAGUGUAAUAGAGCAGCACUUCUGUGUUCCUGAAGAUGAACGAAAGUCUUAUGGGGUUGGAACAACAUGAGGGUAAUUACGGACGGAAUUUUCAUUUUUGGGUGAACUAAUCCUUUAACUGCUGUUUUCCCACUGCUGUCGUUUUUGUUGUGCAUUCAUUAUGUUAAUGAGAGGAAAACUUCACCUGCAUUGAAUCACGUUCAGUCUUUUUUACGUCACGUGUGCUCGAGUGCGAGGACAAGCAAAAGUAAAAAGUUGCUGACUGCAGUUCACUUAACGGCCACUGAUGUCGAUAAUAACAAGGCAAUUCUACAUAUAGCCCCUUUAAGAUUUUAUGGUAAGUAAUACGCGUUUGCAAUAUCAAGCAGCAUAAUAUAAAAAUAACUGGAAGCCCCUCAACACAUUCAAUUCACAAAUGGCCGCGGCCACUAUUACUCCACAAAUAAGGUGGAUAGGCCACUUAGCAUAUUACAACAUAUAAAAUUACUGCCAGAAAUGUUAGAUUUGUUUAUUUAGUAUAAAAAAAACCAGACAAUUAACAAUUCCUGUGUUAAAGAUAUUCCUAAAAAUGUCUUGCUGUCUGUGAAGUGCUGAAAUGAGUCUAUAGUGAAAAGGUCACUCAAGGACUCACAAACUUCUGAUAUAUAAUGAAAUUGUUCAUUUGGUAUUAGUAAAGCAGACUUUAAAAUAUUGAAAGGCUCCGUAAGUUUGAUCACUUUUUCAUAACCAAGUAUUAUGUUUUUUUUAUGAACCUAGGUACCGGUAUAUCACGUUGUCCACAAAUGUUUAAUAUAAAAGAAACAACUGAAUUGAGCAUUUAGUAUGUUUAUGAAAGGUCAAUCUUUUUGUAAUGGUUAGGAAGUCUUCACCUGACCAGUUUUAACAGUGUUUUGUUUUUGUACCUUUGAUGCUGAACUUGUCCUUAUUUUAGCACUUCUACGAAGACUAAUGACUGAUGUUCAUUUUCAAGUGUGUAAAUACUCAAUCAUCCUGGUGUGUCUUAAGUGGUCUUUUUUUUGUCAUUUUAUGAUGCGUUCCAAUAAAAUCAAUGACCAAAUGA